ACAGGCAUCACAACAGCCUCGUUCACCAGCGCUUUGGAGGUGAACCCUUCGGUGACAAAUUUUGGCUGAAACCCGACGCGGCGGGAGGGGUUCCCACACGCAGGGCUUGCGGGUUCAGAUAUAUAUUGCGGCGCACAAGAAAGCAGGCAUCAUUCGCUCUGGUAGCAGCUUUGUUGGUUGAGGAUUGUUGAAUACACAUCAUUACCCACAUGCCCAAGUCUUGUAAGGAAGCUGCCUAUGCCCUAUUGGCCUGCAUGCAGCAGCAGCCCUGUAUGAAGACGGGAGGUUCCCUGACCGAAUGCCUGAAAAGCGAGGACGUGGAUGCUUGCUCGGUGCAACGCAAUGCGUAUUUCCUCUGCAAACGCUCGCAGCUGGACAUGCGAACUCGUAUAAGAGGCACGCGCGUCUACUAGAGGCACCCGCGUCUACUUGGUCGCUCGACAAGCCAGUCUCCAGCCCUCUAAUCGAUAAGUGAGGUUGAAAAAGGAGGGUUGUUUACGAAAGGAAAAAGCUUUGGAAAGGGGAAAGAAAAGUACGGCUGUCCGACGUUCAGAGAUACCUCUCUUUUCCUGCGAAA